AAAGGAGGAAGAUGAAACGAGCAGAGAGAACCGACUGAGGACUUUUUAAAGCUACCCAUCGAUGUGGUUCUGAUCCCAAAUCCUCUGACCGCUCGCCCUGUUAUGCUUUUCUAGGAAUAUUGUCCUUAUACAUCAGCAGGUUGUUUUUAUAUUGUUGCUUUCACUGUAUUUUCGUAUGUUUAUUUGGAUCGUUUGAUGUGAUGUCGGCCCCGCCGCUCCGUCACGUGAAGCCAUGUCCGAUAAAAAUGUGUCUGCUGCUGAUGGUUCGCUUUGUCUGUAAAGGUGUUGGUGUCUGAAUGAUGUAUGAGCGAUGUCUGAUGUUGAGACCACGUACGCAGACUUCAUCGCUUCUGGCAGGACGGGACGCAGGAACGCCCUACACGACAUCCUGCAGAGUCCCACUGACCCCGAGGGGCGGGAGCUCACCCUUACCCUGUCUCUGUCCCAGCUCCACAUUAACGCAGGAGGAGGAGAUGAAGAAGACAUGGAGGACAAUCACAGCUCCUCUGCUUCGGCCCAGCGGGAGGCGACUCAGAGGAACAGCUAAACUGCUACAUUCUCCUUCUGGCGGACAGAUCAAUGCAGCCUCUGUAGCAGUGAAUCUGUUGCCUCAUAAAGACCUGGUGGCUGGAGGUUAGGGGCAUCACUGCUUAUAGGCCUUCAGCCAGAGCCCUCACUCCUGCUGAGAUGUUGAGAUGUGAUCACUCAGUGCUGCAAAAUGGAACGACUGAGGCUUUCCAAUGCCAGGAGUGCACAAGAUAAUGACUCGGUAGUUCUUUUCAAACUGAUUUUUUUCUUUUGGGUCUUUGAGGUCCGACACACACCGAAGGACAAAUAGAAAACCAAGGAAAUAGGCCAGGUUCCAAUGUGUGGUUUGCAGUAGGUACAAUGGUUAACAGUGAGAGUGGCUUCAAUAGAAGCAGUGCUUCUUCUAUUGCCAGUUAAUGGGUUUUGAACUGACCUAAAGCAGAUAAUUAUGGACUCAGCUGCACUCAAACUGUGUGUAAAUCUAUUUACACUGAUAUGUUUCUGUUUCAUACGACAGGAAGCAAGUGUUCCUCAACAAAUAGUAUGCAGGUAAUGUGACGUGUCCUUUAAAAUGUUCAUCCUUCUUUUUGCACCUUUCUAAUAAUAACAAUGUCAUCACAGCCUUACUUGAGAAGUUUGUCACGGUGCAUUUGCUCAGUUUUUAGUAAAGAGUUUGAGAAGAAGAAGAGAAGUCUCUCUUUAGGGACUCUGCUUAGUAAACGGAAAAAGAAAAAAACCAAGCUCAAGUCUUCAAAAGCAUAAAAAAGGAUCCCCGGCCAAAAUAUAUUUCUGCAGCUCUUGGAACACUUUGGAAGUUAUGAAAAUGGUGAAAGACCAAGAACGUCCAAUUUGGAUCUUUAUACCUGGCUAGCAAGUGAAAAACAUCCCUGUUUAUUGUCUGUCUUGUUCAUUGGUGCAUCUCCUAAAACAACGAAGCAUUUUGUGGUACAUAUAACCUAAAAUGAUCUAAAAGCUUUACAGGAGCAAGCUUCAAAACAAACAAACAUGCGUCUUAUUGAACACAGCAGAGCUGUCAUCCUGGCUUUAAACUCACACUCAGGGAACUCAUUUUAUAUACAAAAUAGCAUAAAAGUGCAAAUCUGUGACCUUUUAGGUGCUAAUGGAAAGAUGUUUAUGCAACCAGAUCUGUGGGUUUGGCUUUAUGUUAAAAAUAAUUGCUGAUAUUGUUAAACUGAGGUCAGAUAUCAUGAAUCAUGUUGACUCACAAAGCUACAAGCAACAUAGUACAGACAGAAAAGCUACUGUAGGGUCUGGAUCACAACUUCUUUAAUCAUCCUUUAGUCAGAGAGUCUGAAAGGUCUGUUUUGUUGUACGCUGGUCUAAAUGUGGACCGUGAAACAUCAUGCUAUUUUGACGAUAACAAGAAACAGACUUUUCAAACUAUAAAGACAUUAGUGAUGUAAGAUAUUAGAUUAGGGUGUGCUCAUCUCUUCCUUGACAAAAAAAACAAAAAACAUUUGACUUCCAUUUUUCUUUCUCAAGGAGUCACCCCCUGCUGGUAGGAAUGAAAAUUGCACUUCGAUAACCUAUACUGCCAAAUUAGAUUUAAAAUAUGUAACCUAGACUCAAUAAAAUAGAAUUAGAAGUGUCCCUUCUUCCCCCUCUGAGUCCUUUAUACCUGCCAUAGUAUUUGUUUAGGUUUCACUGCAGAUUGGCUAAAUAAAAGCAGCUUUAGCAGGCCACAUUCUCAUCAAACUGCAUGUGAACAUGCAGCACUGUAAUAAAAGUUAGUAACACUUCCUUAUUUCUAAAAUAUAAUAAAACCUACUGUGAUUUCUUUGACCUUUGAGAUGAUAUGUGCUUUAUUCUCUGUGAGGAAUCAAAUUUAUGACUGUCUCGUUCUUUUUUUUGGUGCGUCUUGAUUGGCGGUUCGGGGUUAUCUAAGUGUUAUUAUUUUACUGCAGACUGCUUGUUUAUGUCAACCUUUUUCCUGGUUCAAAGAGUAACACACAUGAGUUUUAUUGUUUGAGAGGAGAAGUACAGAUUAAUGACUGCUUUGACUUACACAGGCCAUAUAUCAAAGCUGUUUGCAGUUGCAGAGGUGUCCGUCUUUUCUUCUUCCUCUCAGCACUGCGGAUCAGUAAGUGCAUCUGACAAACUACUUCUAAAUGUAAAUAUGCAACUAUCAGCAGAGCUUCCAGGAACACUGUUUGUGUGAACGUUUGGCUAACUUACAGUCCUGCUCACUUGUAUAGAACUGAUUCAUGCGGAUUAUUAACACAGACCAAUCUGCAUGUCUUCUCUCACUACAGUCACAUAUGGUCCUGUUUUUUUUUUAUUUAUUGUAUUCAGGUGUUAUACCCUUAGAGCAAAAAAAGGAUGAAAACUAGGGUUGUCUGUUUUUUCAAUGACAGUAGCUCUUCUUUUUGUGAGGUUUGUUUCAAUUCAGCUCUUCAUAAUUCAAUGUUUUGCAUGGUUUCUUCAUUUGUGAUCAUUUUUUGUUCAAGUUUUGUCCAACACAAUAACAAAGGAUCAAUAAAAGAAAUGAAAAA